AACUUCCAUUUAACAGGAUCCUAACCGGCCGCGACACAGGCAAGCCAAGCCUUGAUGGCUGCAUUUUAUUUAUAAUAUGGCGACGCCCAUAAAACAUGCGCUCAAGUUUGAAAUCGUCGCCGAAUGCCCAGUCACUAAAGCUAGGGCUUCAGUUUUAACUCUUCCACAUGCAGUUAUUGAAACACCAGUGUUCAUGCCGGUGGGCACACAAGGAACCCUCAAGGGUCUUGUGCCUGAACAAAUUGAGGAACAAAAAUGCAACAUGAUUCUUGCGAACACUUACCAUCUCGGCAUGCGUCCCGGGACAGAAAUUUUGCAAAAAGCAGGGGGCCUUCACAAGUUCAUGAAUUGGAAAAACGGUUUGCUGACUGAUAGCGGCGGUUUUCAAAUGGUCUCUCUUGUCAAACUGAGCGAAGUUACGGAAGAAGGCGUAAGGUUUGUGUCCCCGUACGACCAGCGUGAGAUCAUGCUCAGCCCAGAAAAAUCGACCGAAAUACAGAAUACAAUUCACGCCGACAUUAUGAUGCAGCUGGACGACGUCGUCAGCAGUACGAUCUCUGGACCGCGGGUUGAAGAAGCCAUGCACAGGACUAUCAGAUGGCUUGAUCGGUGUAUGGUAGCGCACAAGAAUUCAGCAACACAAAAUAUUUUUCCAAUUGUUCAGGGUGGUCUGGAUGCUGCUUUGCGAAAGCAGUGUGCUUUGGAACUGCUGAAACGAGAUGUUGCUGGCUAUGCUAUUGGGGGCCUUAGUGGAGGGGAGAGCAAGGAUGAUUUUUGGCCAAUGGUGGACAUUAGCACAGACUUGCUUCCAAAGAACAAACCACGGUAUCUUAUGGGUGUUGGCUUUGCUGUUGACCUCAUUGUCUGCAGUGCCUUAGGAUGUGACAUGUUUGAUUGUGUGUUUCCAACAAGGACAGCGAGGUUUGGCUGUGCUCUGGUAAUGGGGGGCCAAAUAAAUCUGAAGAAUACUGAAUUUAGCCAUGACUUUCGCCCUAUUGAAAGUGACUGUCCGUGCUCUACAUGCCAGCAGUACACACGUGCUUACCUGCAUCGCAUUGUCAAGCAAGAGACGGUUGCCUGUCAUCUGGUGUCCAUCCAUAAUGUCAACUAUCAGCUGUCAAGCCGCCAUGCUCAUGGGCAACCUUGGCAAGCGAGCGUCAUGGCUAAGUGCAACGGUACCAGAGUAUGUCACAUACCGCCACAGCAAUAGAAAUUCAAGAAGAACCAUUACAGAUCUUAAAUAAAUGUGACUUCUGAAUUGUGGUGUGGUGCUACAUUGCUUUAAUUCUAAUCGCAUUACCAUUGACAGUCAUCGUCAGGUGAUUUCUGCCGUAAUAUUUAUAUGCACAGUCAAAAAACUAAUAAAUGCACAAAUAUUUCAAAAAGAUAACAUAUCAAAUCAUUACUAUGCACCAUGUGCUUCUAGGAAAGUUAUUUCAUUUUUGGUUGAGAAAACCGUUAGUAGGCUGAUGCAGUUUGCUUUGAAGUUCGACAUAUUUGCUGUACUUCCACUAUCACUCUUGUGACUUACCCUCCACAUUUAGAAAUAACUGCAAUUUUUUUAUAAAAUGGCACAGUCGCAGUGAGAGAAAUGGAUACCAGGAUGACCACUGGCAGUUUUAUGAGCAUUGUAAUAAUACUCUCUCAGAUGCUUCCUCAGCCAUUUGUUCAGGCAGCAACUUGCCUUGCAUAGACAUUGCCGCAAAAUAAGCGUAUCAAGUCCAAAACACUCAUUACACAUGCAACAAAUCAUUUUUGGUGCUUUCUGUAUACAUGCAUUCAUGUAAUUGAAGUGCACAAUACAUGAAUUUCUUCACAAACAUUUCAUAAAAGGUUGUUCCGAAAAAGCAUGUUGUAUCCCAUCCUUCAUAAACUAUGCUGAUGUACAUGCAUUUAAACUAACAUUUCUGUGAAUGUUGUAAGCUUGCCAAGUGUUUCGGCUUACGUAAAUGAGAAACCAUUAUUUCAAACAAUGGGGCCCCAAUUUGGUAUGAACAGGAAGGAACUGUUUCUUUCUAGCAUAGUUUAGUGCGAAAUUGAGGUCAGUAUUCGUAUUCCAGCUGCUAUCAUCAGGCAAGUGCUCUUUGUAGUAGGGACCUCUGUACAAUUAGGUCUGAGGUGUAUUAUCAUCCACAAGUUUACUUUCAUGAUGUUUCUGGAGUAGGCACAGGAAAGCUGCAAAUUUCCUAGCUGAAGUUCAUUUUCCUCUUCUCAUGUCAUUUUGCCAUCCAAUUCUAAGCAUGUACAGUCAAACACCUCUUCACUGAAUGCCUCUACUACAAAAUGACCCAUAUAAUGAAGGACUGAUAAUAUCUCGAUCGAAUUCCUGUCUUUUAUAUGUACUGUGUACGCCUUUACAAUGAAGACCACUACAACAAAUUUGCCUGUGUAAUGAAGGAAUUUAGGCAUCCCCUAAGACUGAUUUGUUGCUUUAGAACGAAUGCCAUUUACCGUUGUCUGCACUGCCCUCCGCUGAUGCUACUAUGCUUUACUUUGCGGUAGCGCUAGCCACAGCCCUAUUUACACACUUGAUGAGCGUGUCGAUUUCAGCAUUACAAUCCUGCUGCACUGCUCCAGUAAUCGCUCAGUUCAUAUGCUGCUUAUUGUAACGUAGCAGUGUGGUUGAGUACACCUGAAGAAUACAUUGCAGUUGAUGAAGGCGUGAUGAUGUAAUUGGAACUGACAACUGACAUCUUCAAAUCC